UGAAGAUGGAAGUCCUGGAUAAAGCAGUAAAUGGCUAUAUUGAUAACUUGCUUGGGCCUAAAGAUCCCAGAGUAAGGGGAUGGCUUCUCCUGGAUAAUUACGUUCCUACCAUUUUCUUCACUGCCCUGUAUUUAUUUAUUGUAUGGCAAGGACCCAAGUAUAUGCAGAAUAGACAACCAGUGUCAUGCAGGGGCAUUCUAGUGGUGUAUAACUUGGUGCUCACCCUUCUCUCCCUCUACAUGUUUUAUGAGCUUGUGACAGGCGUAUGGGAAGGAGGUUACAACUUUUUCUGCCAAGAUACCCACAGCGGAGGUGAUGCUGACACGAAGAUAAUUCGGGUCCUGUGGUGGUACUACUUUUCUAAACUCAUCGAAUUUAUGGACACUUUCUUCUUCAUUCUGCGGAAGAACAACCACCAGAUGACAGUCCUGCAUGUCUACCACCAUGCAUCCAUGCCCAACAUUUGGUGGUUUGUCAUGAACUGGGUUCCCUGCGGGCACUCCUACUUUGGUGCUACUCUCAACAGCUUUAUUCAUGUGCUGAUGUACUCCUACUAUGGACUCUCGGCUAUUCCCGCCAUUCGCCCAUAUCUGUGGUGGAAGAAAUACAUCACACAGUGCCAGCUGACUCAGUUUGUCCUUACUAUGACUCAGACUACCUGCGCAAUGAUUUGGCCCUGUAAAUUCCCCAUGGGCUGGCUGUACUUCCAGAAUUCUUACAUGAUCUCCCUCAUCAUCCUGUUCACCAACUUCUACAUAAAGACCUACAAAAAGAAGACCUCUUCCCGAAGGAAAGAAUACCAGAACGGAUCAGCCAGUGCAGUGAACGGACACACAAACAGCUUUUCUUCUUUAGAGGACAAUGUGAAGCAGCGGAAACAAAGGCAGGAUUGAGAAGAAAACGCAGUCGCCACUUACAGAGAAACAACAAUGUCAAGCGCAGAAAAAUCAUCUGGGUGCUGACGCCCACACGGCUACUGUAACUUUCCCUAAUAAAAAAUAAUGUGAUUAAUGUAGGUUUUUACAGUUCCUGCCAUGAUACAAAUGAAAUAAGAGACAUUAAAAUAGGCUCUAUCAGAACAGCAGCAGUUAAUGUUUAGAAGAAUACCUCCAGCCAUUUUCUGUCUCUUUACCACCAAAGUAAAAAAAAUAAAAAUUUACAUUUAUGUUCACAAACAAAUGUUAAACCACCAGCAAAUAUAUAUUUUGGUUUAUGGCUAAAAGGCAUUGGUUUGCCUUUUAAUAAUGUUUUUUUUUUUUUUUUUAAUAUGAUUACAUUAUGUGCAAUGUAUAUUUGAAGCAUACUGUUUUUGUCCGUAAGAAUACUGUUUUAUUUUUGCCACCGUGCAGCCUCACUGAUGACCCACGGGAUAUUUACUUUCUGAAAGCAGCUGAUUAACAUUAAUCAAGGAAUGCUUGUAAAUAGAUAUGCCUACUGCCCAGCACUGUAUCAUGUGCCUGCAGAAGCCAUAGGUGCUCCUAUGCAGUAACAACCUGUUAUAAGUGGCUCUGGUUCUACCAGAUCGGUCUGAUCAUGAAUUUGGGAAGAAAUGCAUCAUUUACAUCCUGUAAGUAACAGGAAUAUUACAGUGCAGAGGAUUUACUUGCAUCACAUGUACAAACCCUAUUGUUUUAUGGCCUUCUGAACAUUAACUGUUGCUUAUUCCCCCUUGGUGCCAGACAGGUCAGCAACAUGUAAUACCGCAGCACCAUCUGACACUGAAUGGGUCAAUGAUCCAGUGAUUUUGACUUCACGUUGCUCAUGCUGUAGACUGAAAAGUAUUAUUGUAGUUUCUAACACUGCUGUUGCCUUACUAGUUCAUAUUCUAGGUGCUGAAUAGCAAUUUAUGGUUUUCAAGAACUGUAAUUUAUUUUCUAAUGCAGGGUAUCCAUCCAUUUGUAGCUGUCAUCUUCAUUUAUUAAAGUAACAUGCCUUAAUAAUUCGAUAUGUAAAAAGCCAAAGCUUCAUACAGGUUGGAAGAUAUCAUCUGACUGCUCAACCUGAGGGCAGAUUUUCAUUAAUUUGUGGUAGAAUGACUGCAGACAGUUAUUGGUCCUGCAGAUAAAAGCUUUUGUUUUGUAAAAAUGUCAGUUCAUAAUUUAUCUGCCAACAUUGGGAUUAACUUGAAACAUUUUCUUUAAGAUAUUUGGGUUCUCUGUAUUGUCCAUACUGUGUCUGUUAAAUGGACUGUAAGUGAAUUGCACUCAAGUGUAGCUUAUGGCCUUAAACUUAAUACAUUUGUCAAUGCGCACAAGGGCAUAGCAACAGGAGCCAGUAGUUAGUGUUAACCGUCACAUUACGGUUUGUUCAGUUUUACUAGUGCUGGACAGUUAAUGCCACCAAAUUGGCUGGAGAAUCAAGCAAUGAAGAUCAUCUAAAUCAAACACUGCUGCCCUCUUAAAGUUGACUGCAUCAUUCCCUGGGAAGACGUUAUCUAGGUUCUCAUCCCCAGCUGUAUGACAUCAGACAUUGGUCUUUGUACAGUGAAUAGCGUAUUUGAGCAAUUUUUUUUUUAAUGAUUAAUAUGACUUUGACUGCAGGAAAGGAUGACCGAAUAUUUCAGAACCACAUGUCACAAUCCUUACCCUGAGAGACUGUUUAACUGAAGCCAAGGAAAUACGUUUUUCUGUUUUUUCUCUUCAGUUGCCUUGUACCCCACUGGCAAAAUCAUUUACAUUGCACAUAGAAAAUGUGUCUGUUAAUAUAUUAAAAACUAACAAUUACAGUA